AUGGAAGAUAUCUGCAACUUGACGCGAAAGAAGCCCUGGGACAAGAGAAGAGGAGGUUGUCUGUGGAAAACUUGCAUUCCAAGCACAAACUUUGUAUGGGCUAACUUCUUGCAGUUUGUCACUGCAAGAGGGAGGUUAUUCUGGAGUCUGAUAAGGUCAAUCAUGGGAGCCGAGAUGGCAGAAGACCGGGCGGACAUCUCGCCUGCUGAAGAGAAAGAAGCAAUCAAGGACAUUUUGUCUGCUGCACAAUACACCAUGGAGGCUGGCGACAAGUUUCACCUUCUUUCAGCGAGAUGGUGGAAGCUGUGGCAAAGCUACACAGAUUACGACGAUACUGCGUCCACUAUUGAAGAUCUCGAUCCCCUGUCUGGCUACUUGGCGGUGCACACAAUGAUGUCGUCAGCUCCUAAGCAAAGGCCGCCUCCGAUCGACAACUCUGGUCUGGUGGCUCCAAGCUCAAAAGAGGCUGCGCCGGAGUUGAAAGAAGGGCUUGCAGAAGAGAGCGACUAUGUUCUCCUUCCUGACGAUGCUUGGAAGAAGCUGCAUGGCUGGUAUGGUGGAGGCCCGGACUUUGUGCGGUUGGUCAUUUCAGUGGGGCAGAACAGCUCGAAUGUGGUCGAGGUGUAUCCGUUCAAGCUCAAGAUGGUGCGCCCCAACAAGAUCUACCCCAACGGCAGCAGGAUCUGUGAGAUCAGCAGGCGGGCAACGGUGAAGGAUCUGUUCACUUGGAGCGCCAAGGCCUUCAGCCUUGAAGAGUCGGAGUUCCGCCUGUGGGACUUCUUUGAGAAACGGAAAAAGGUGCUGCUGUCGGAUCCGGAUACUACCCUGGAGGAUGCCAAGAUCCAGUCUAUGCAGCAGAUUCUAGUAGAGGAACGGAAAGACGGGAUCUGGCCCGACGACUCUGAAAAGCUAGGCUCCGACGGGGAGGGGCCCGCGGCUGAGGGCGACCAAGAAGCAGGUCCUUCCGAGGCUCCGGGCGCCAGCCAAGUCAUCCUGUUGCCUGCGCCGAAGCCGACAACGUACAUGGGGCCUCAGACCAGGAACCGGCUCUCCACGGACAGCGACAGCUGGUUCGGCAGCACGACGGCGUACGACGGUCCGAAAGGGCUGACCGGACUGUCCAACCUGGGCAACACGUGCUUCAUGAACAGCGCGCUCCAGUGCCUGACGCACACCCCGCAGCUCGUCGAGUACUUUCUCCAGGACUUCACCAAGGAGAUCAACCGGACCAACCCACUCGGCAUGAAGGGCGAACUGGCCACUGCUUUUGGUGAGCUGCUGCGGAAGCUGUGGGCCGGGAACCGGUCUCCAGUUGCGCCGCGCAACUUCAAGUCGCGGCUCGCGCACUUCGCCCCCCAGUUCAGCGGGUACAAUCAGCACGACUCUCAAGAGCUGCUAGCGUUCCUGCUCGACGGGCUGCACGAGGACUUGAACCGGGUGAAGAAGAAGCCGUACAUCGAGGCCAAGGACUCGGACGGUCGGCCGGACGAGGAGGUUGCGGACGAGGCGUGGGAGAUGCACAAGGCGCGCAACGACUCCAUUAUUGUGGACGUCUGCCAGGGCCAAUACAAGUCCACCCUCGUGUGCCCCGAGUGCCAGAAGACGUCCAUCACGUUCGACCCGUUCAUGUACCUCUCCCUGCCGCUCCCGGACAAGACCACGCGCAGCAUGAACGUGACCGUUUACAGCGGCGAGGGGCGGCACCCCCCGCAGGAGGUGAUGGUGACGCUGCGCAAGAGCGGGCGCAUGCGGGACCUGUACGAGGAGGUCGCCAAGAAGGUGGCGCUACGGCCGGACGAGGAGCUUAUCCUGGGAGAGGUGUACCAACAAAAGAUUUGGCAGUGGAUCGACCUCACGGAGUACAGCGCGCAGGUCAAGCACGACGACCUCAUCGCUGCAUUCCGCGUCCCCAAGGGCACCUCGGCGAGCCAAUACGUCCUGGUCUACCACCUGAAGAAGGCUCUCUACUCUCAUGAGGCCUUCGCGACCCCCCUGCUCGCCCCGCUCCCCAAGGAGGGGCUCCAAAGCCCCGCCCAGCUGCAGGGCAUCGUGGAGACGCUCCUGCGCCCGUUUGAGCGGAAAUUGGCGUCGACCUCCGAUAGCGACGAGACGGGGAACGACACCGGGGCCGGGCCGUCGGCUCGGGGCGAGGAGAACGGCGCGCACGAGCAGAGUAGCAGUCAGGAGAUCACGAUGACGGAGGUCAAUGACGGGGAAGAGGACAACGGAGCGAACGAGGCGACGUCAGCAAAGUCGGGCACGGAGCACUAUGAGGACGCGGAGGAUGCGGAUGCGAACGGGGACGAGGACAUGGAUGAGAUCAGCACACCGCAGGCGGCUUCGACGGCCAACCGCAUGAGCAUGGACACCGUCGACUUGGGGGGUCCCAGUACCGCUGAUCCGGAGCCCCCUGGAAAAGGAAAGCGGCUCCGCAUCGUCAAGACCAGCGAAAAGAGUCCGAGCAAUUUCGAGGAGCUGGCGAGCGGGCCGUUCCCGUCGGGAGCAGUUCGGGGCUUCUACGACCAAUCGCGCUAUCCAACGGUGGCGAUUGUGUGGACAGAGGAAGACUUGGCCAGGUAUGACUUGGACCGGUGCCACGUCCCCGCGCCCUUUGAGAAGCAGGAGGCCGUCUCGACCAAGCCGCGCGGCGAGGAGGUGACGCUCGCGGCGUGCCUGGAGGCCUUCCUGAAAGAGGAGCCGCUCGGCGUAGACGACAUGUGGUACUGCCCCACGUGUAAGCAGCACCGGCAGGCGUCCAAGAAGCUCGACCUCUGGCGCCUCCCGGAGGUCCUCGUCGUGCACCUCAAGCGCUUCUCCUACACCAGGUGGCACAAAAGCAAGCUCGACACAUUCGUCGACUUUCCGAUGGACAAUCUAGACUUGGCGCCCUAUUCUGCCGGCCCCGACGACGGGAACAGCAAGUACGAGCUGUUUGCUGUCAGCAACCACUUCGGGGGGAUGGGUGGAGGGCACUACACCGCUAAUGCAAAGGUCGAGGACGAGUGGUACAACUUCGACGACUCGCACGUCAGCAGCACUCAAGCGUCGAGCGUUCGAAGUUCGUCGGCUUAUGUGCUGUUCUAUCGGCGAAAACACUCGGGCCUCUCAUCGGUAGGGAAUGGUCCGGAAAAGGGCUCUGACGAUGGUCUGGCAACGGCACAGGAAGAGGGGACAACAGCGGACGGCGAAAUGCUAAGUUAAGGUUGGCUUGUAUAGAUGCCGCAAUAAGAGAGUCGAGACCGCCCCCAACCAGGCAGUGCAUGCUACCUUGUUGAUCUGUCCGCAAUGGAACAAUUUCG